AUGUCAACGAUUCGCCCUGUCAAUCCCCGUACACAGGCAAAGGCUGACGAUGACGUGAGACUCCUUUUACGCAUAGGUAGGAGACUACAAAGUGCACGCGUCAAGCCAGAUGUCGGUGGAGCGGCCCGUCUUUAUGGCUGUCAAGUUGCACGUAGACGAGACCGACGGACGUGCCGCGAAAAGGAGCAUCACGACAACGCGAGCGGAAGGAGAAUCGGUAAAAGCGCAGAACGGUCGAAAAACGUCGAGACAAAACGUCUUAUCGGGAUGCUGGUGGUUCUGUUGUGCAUCAUGAUUGGUGGAACGCUGUUCCCAUAUCCUCUACACGCCUCAUGCAUUGUUAAAUGGAGAUUUGACGAUCCGUGCUCGCACGUGAUGCAAAAGUUCCGACGCCAGAUAACGAAUUGGUCUUCUUGGAACACUUGUCGACAGCGUGACGAUACUUGUCAGUAUACGCUCAAGCUACCUGUAGAGAAUAACAUAAUUAGAGCAACGCACAGGACAUCAAAAUCGCUCGAAAGGAUUGAAAUCGUAUUCGAGGAGAUGAACAAUACAUGUUUUGCCAAGGCUGCUUCUGUUUCAAGCGGUUGGUUCACAAUAUUUGAUUACGGGACAAAUUAUUGCAAUCUACACAAUUUGAUUGUGGGAGCUGGUCUCGAUAGACACGCGAAAUUUCAAGAGCUGACGAAUGAUGCUGUGUGCACGCAAUUUAAUAUGGCAGUCUGUUGAUGAAUUACUUGUGGUUUUUCAAAACUUACACAUGUAAACUUAUAUUUCAAAAUUUAUAUAUAUAUAAAU